UGACGGAACUUCUUAGUGUGACAUCCGGCGGAAGUAAACACGACAGGUGCUAUUUGCGUUAGCAGUAUGGCUGCAUGGAAUAAGCUGUACGAGCCCGAGCGUAGAUAAGUAUUUCAUGUAAUUUAACAAAAAUGUCUUCAGUUGAGCAUUUGAGAGAGUUUGUCAGCGGGCGACUAACUGCUGUUGCUGAAGAAAUAUUCAGGGUUUUUGAAAUAACCAUCGUUGAGUACAAGAAAGAAAUCGAUCGUCAGCGCAGGCUGCUGGAUAUCGUUUGGAACCCUGAAAUAAAGUUACACCGUAUAGAGCUCCCACAGCAACAGGUUUGUACGGAGGAGGUUCUCGCUGACCAGCAGGUCUGGACCCAGGAGGGUAAAUCCAGUCCUGAUCAAGAGGACCCUGAACCUCCACGGAUUAAAGAGGAACAGGAGGAACUCUGCACAUGUCAGGAGGAAGAGCAGCUUGACCUGAAGCAGGAGACUGAUACCUUUAUGCUGACUCCUACUUAUGAGGAAAGUGACCACAGUGAACCUGAAUCAACAAGUGGCCGACAGCUCUUUUUUCACUACUCCCAUGUAGGUGAGAGCCAGUAUCAGAAAGGAGGCAGGCAUGGAGACUCAGGAUCAAUUAGAGAUGCAGAACCUGAACCAAAGACAACACAUCACCAAAGCAAAAGUCCCAGUAACAAUGUGUACAGCCCUAACAUGUCAGAGAUUCACAGUAAUACUCGCACAGGUAAAAUGUCUUACAAAUGUGACACAUGUGGAAAGAUGUUUCAGUAUAAGUCAAAACUGCAGAGACACCUGAGCGUCCACACAGGUGAGAAGCCGUACCUUUGCAACUUCUGUGGACAAAGAUUUGGUUAUAUGUCAGCACUUAAAACUCAUAUAAGAAUCCAUACAGGUGAGAAACCAUAUUCAUGCAAAACUUGUGGGAAAGAUUUCAUACUUAGCAGUGCCCUUAAAGUCCACAUGAGAACACACACAGGUGAGAAGCCGUACCUUUGCAAGACCUGCGGGAAAAGAUUCCGUACCAUGCCACCACUGAAAAGACAUAUGAGGGUCCACACGGGUGAAAAGCCUUUUACUUGCAAAACGUGUGAAAAAAGAUUCUGUCGGACUUCAGAAUUGAAAACUCACUUAAGGAUCCACACAGGCGAGAAGCCAUACUCAUGCAAAACAUGCGGGAAAGCUUUCAGACUCAACAGUGUCUUGAAAGUCCACGUGAGAACCCACACAGGUGAGAAGCCGUACCUGUGUAAAACGUGCGGAAGUGACUUCACUUGUAGUAGUGGCUUGUUGGUCCACGUGAGAAGAGCCCACAGUGGUGAGAAGCCAUAGCACUGCAACAGCUGUGGGGAGAGAUAUGUGUGUGGUUUGAUAAGGCAUUUAAGAGCACACACACUACAGGCAAGUAUGUAUCUGUAUGCAUACUUUGUUUUUUCCUUUGCAUAAUUGAAUUACUUGCAUAGCAACAGUAUUUAUUUGAAAAAAUACUUUCCCCAGCCUUUGAUCAAUGUUUAUUGCACAGUCAACAUGUGUGACAUGUUGUGUUAAUAUAUAUAUAUAUUUAUUUGUCUUUCUUUCCAGAAUUUUUAUACACUACUUAAGUUAUAUAAAUGGAUUGUGAACUCUGAUGUUGAAGCUGAGAAACCCUCUUUAGUUGUGCUUGGGUUACUGAUGGUGUUUAAUCUCACAGGUGUUCUAACAAUAAAGCUUUGUCAGGUGUUAUUGUAAGAAUACCAGAUUCAC